AUGGAGAGAACAGUGCUGCGAGUCAGCAUCUUCGGGCUGCUUCUGGCCUUUGGUACCACGCAACUCAAGGAUGACUGGGAGAUCUACAGUUUUCACGUCAACUCCACCGUGACCAGUCGUUACGCCACCACCGUCAUCGCCAGUCGCGUGGUCAACCGUAAGGACGAGUCCCAGGAAAUAGAAUUCCAUGUGCGGAUUCCCAAGAAUGCCUUCAUCACCAAAUUCAGGAUGUUUAUGGACGGGAAGGCGUAUGACGGCGUAGUGAAGGCCAAAGAAGAAGCUCAGCAGCAGUACACAGAAGCCGUGUCCCGCGGUGAAAGUGCCGGCAUCGUCAGCUCAGUGGGGAGGACCCUCGAGGAGUUUAAGACCUCAGUGACAGUGGCCGCUCUAAAAAAAGUGACCUUCCAACUAACGUAUGAAGAACUUCUCAAACGCAAGCUGGGCAAGUAUGAGCUCCAGAUCCACGCUCGCCCCAUGCAGCCCGUCAAAGACUUCAAGGUGGAUGUGCACAUACGGGAGGACGCAGGAGUCGAUUUCCUCCACGUUAAAGGAGGACUUAGCACCGGGGCUCUGGCUGAUGCUGUCACCAAAGAAAUUGCUGACAAGGAGGCCUCGGUUCAUUUUUACCCGACAGUGGAACAACAGAAAACAUGUGACAGCUGCGGCGAGGAGGGCAUGAAUGGAGAUCUGAUCAUCGUUUAUGACGUCAACAGAAACAAGUCACUGGGGGACAUCAAGACAUCAAGUGGAUAUUUUCUUCAUCACUUUGCUCCAUCGGAUCUUCCCUCCAUUCCAAAGAACGUUGUCUUUCUCAUCGACAAAAGUGGUUCCAUGCACGGCAAGAAAAUAGAACAGACCCGUACGGCAUUGAUCCAUAUCCUGAACGACAUGGCGGAGGAUGACUUCUUCGGUCUCAUCACUUUCGACAACACCGUGUCUUACUGGAAGCGAGAACUUGUUCAGGCUAACUCCAAAAAUUUGCAAAAUGCAAAAGAAUUUGCACGGAACAUUAUGGCGAAAGGAGGCACCAAUAUUAAUGACGCUUUGUUGGAUGGAUCGCGCAUGUUGAACGAUAACCCCAGGAAAGGUUCAGCUUCUAUCCUCAUCCUCCUCACGGAUGGAGACCCCACAUCAGGUGUGACCGACCUCGAGCGGAUCCAAGGCAACGUGAUGGAGGCCAUUCAAGACAAAUACCCGCUCUACUGUCUUGGUUUCGGUUUUGACGUCAACUUUAAUUUCCUUGAGAAGUUGGCCCUUCAGAACAAUGGCGUCGCGCGACGUAUUUAUCCUGACUCUGAUGCCGAUUUACAGCUGAAGGGCUUCUACGACGAGGUGGCAAAACCGCUUUUGACGGACGUGACAAUGGUCUAUAACGGCGGCGCCAAUCUGACCCAGACCAACUUCAGUCAGUAUUACAACGGUUCUGAGAUUGUGGUUGCCGGUCAGAUCGUCGACAACAACAUUGAAAACUUCGUCCCGCGCGUCGUGGCCAUUUCGAGGAAUGCGAGCAUUGUUUUCUCCGAGACAAAGCGCACCCCAGAGUCCACGGAUGAUAGCAACAUCCAGAGGGUUUGGGCCUACCUGACUGUCAAACAACUCCUUCAGAAAGAGUUGCAGCUGUCGGGAGCCGAGAAGGAGAGAAUGAAGAACGAGACUUUGUGGCUGUCGCUCAAGUACAACUUCGUGACCCCGCUCACUUCCAUGGUGGUCACCAAGCCGACGACGGAGAACACGGAGGUGCUUAAUAAACCCUCCGAGGGAUCUCCAGGACCUGGCGGGAUGACCCCCGCUUCACGUCAAUUUACUAGGCUAGGGUCUAUCUCACCGAAGAGGGGGUUCGUCACCUCCUCAUAUCUUCUUCCCAGAGUGGAUAGUCCUGGAGGAAUUCCGGGUCUUUCAGGAAUUCCGGGUCUUUCAGGAACUCCGGGUCUUUCAGGCAGAAGCGGCAUACCUGGUCAUGCACGUGUUCAUGCAACUUACGAAGUAGCUGCACGUCCCAUGCCAGACGUGGCAUAUGACAUACAAACUACUGUUAAUGUGGUCGAUCAUCACAAGCACUUUCCCGGCAUCCUCGCAACCCUAAAACCCGUUCCAUUUCUCAUCCGCUUUUUGCUCCAAGCUGAGAAUCAAUCCCUUCCGCUGUGUUUCGACAUCCCUGGACACAUUCAACUUCAACUCCUUCGCCUCCCCAGCGCAGAACUGUCUGUGAACGGCGCUCUGGACGACCAAGGAGGCUUCAGCAAAAUCGUUGUCCACUUCAGUCCCAACGGCAUAAUCGACGUCGGCACGAAUGUUGUCCUCAUCCUCAACGACGGAAAACCUGUACAGAGAUUGCGGUGGGUCACGGAACAGGAGGUCGUCGUGGCUGGAAGCGUGACAGUGAUUAAACGGGACAAGGAAGUUGAGAUCACACUUGGCGAGACACGAUUGAUCAUUUUGCUUCACCGUAACGCGGGAGAAAAAUACCUCUGGCCGGUUUUAAGGCAGCAGACUUCGGACGAUAAUGCCGAAGGAAUUUUAGCUCAAAAGCCCGUUUUUUAUGAAGAAGUGCUCCAACCUAUGUCACCAAAACUUAAAAUCAAAGGCCAGGAAAUCAGCGUUUCCAGAUCCACGGCCGCUGACAGCAGUUUUUCCCCACCUCAGACCCAGCCCUGCUGGCUCGUGCCCGCUGAGUCAGCACUUCAAGCAGAGCUCAACGAUUUCAUUGUCUUCAGUCUUUAAUUAAGAACCGAUUUUCGAUACAUUUUCACCGACGAGUGCAAAACUUAAAUUCAUCA